AGGUGACCAUCAAACAACUCAAGGAGAAACUCAAAGAACAUGAAGAACGAGUGGAAGCUACAGCACAAAACCGAGCGAAAGAGAAAGAACGAGAACUGCAGCGAAUCUUCGCUGAGAAAGAAAGACAACUCCAAGAAACCCAACUUGCCGUUGCCAAGAAACUGGGAGAGGCUGAGCACCAGAUUACCUCCCUUCAUAGUGCUCUGGAAUCGGUCAAGUCUGAGCUGUUUGAGGUGAAAGCCAAAUACGAUGAGGCAACUUCCGCCAAGUCUGAUGAAAUGGAGAUAGUCAUGGCAGACCUGGAGCGAGCCAACGAGCGCGCAGCCAGUGCGGAGCGGCAGGUGGAGCGCUUAAAGCAGCAGCUGGCUAUGGCAACAGAAAACCUGAGCCAGCAAAGCCAGGAGGACCUUGCCCAGCACACCACAGCCUCAGACCAGGCCAUGGACAUCCUCAAGAGGUCUACUCUAGAGGUGGAACUGGCUACCAAAGAAAAAGAGAUUGCUCAGCUUGUGGAAGACGUUCAGAGACUACAGGCCUCCCUCAGCAAGCUCAGGGAAACAACAUCAGCACAGGUAGCCAGGCUGGAAGAAGAGCUCACCGCUAAGAAUCUGGCUUUUCGGGCCUUGGAGGACAAACUGCGGACACAGGAGGACUAUGAAGAGGUCAAGAGAGAAUUACGAGUCCUGAAGUCCAUAGAGUUUGCUAACGUCACCAGUGAGGAGGGGAUCCCUGAGGAGAGCAAGUCCCUGGAGGUGCUGCUUCUGGAGAAGAACAAGUUCCUGCAGACAGAGAACACACACCUGAAAGUAGUAAACUCUGGCCUUACAGCACCUGCCACUGACAUUGACUUGUUUACCAGCAUGGCUGUCUCUGACUUGCCAGGAAAUACUCACAGAAUCUCCACCACACUCUCUUCUGGGCGGCAGUCGCCAGGAAAGAACUGCAAACUUUCACCGGACAGAAUUGCUCUGGGCAGCAAUAACGGACAGCCACAGUCGCCAGUCACAUCCCUGCACUCACACAUGGACCCAAGACAUUUUGCCCCUCCCAUGUCCCCGUUUUAUCCCUUUUCAAGCAGCCCAUUUCAUCCUGCCUUUCUGCCCUUGAACAUGGUGAAGUCCGAGGUCAGCUCUACGUCUGGUAUCUUGGACACUGGCUAUGUGGCCAAAACUGUCAGAGAAUUGUUGAGCAUCCACAACAUCGGCCAGCGUUUGUUUGCCAAACAUGUACUGGGGCUGAGCCAGGGGACAGUCAGUGAGCUCCUCUCCAAGCCAAAGUCGUGGGACAAGCUUACAGAGAAGGGAAGAGAGUCCUAUCGAAAGAUGCAUGCUUGGGCCACUGACGAUACAAACGUUAUGGCGCUCAAGGCCAUUUCGCCAAAGAAAGUGUAUCCAUUAGGUAUACCCAUUCACUAUACCCAUUCACUAUACCCAUUCACUAUACCCAUUCACUAUACCCAUUCAGUGUAUCCAUUAGGUACCCACCCAAUUUCCGCCAAUAAUUCAUACAAGGAGAAAGAAGACUCGGCCACAGAGGAGCGCAUUGCCAGUAUUCUCAGCGAGGCUCAGAUGGCGAUGAAUAUGAAGAAAAACGUUGAGCAGCUACAAGUCUCCAGUGCUGUUGUAUCCAGCAUCUACCAUAAUGAACUCAACAAAAUAAGGACUCCAUCACCUGCCCUACCUGUCAUGUCGCCCACAAUAUAUCCAGCCUUAACUCCGCCUACUGCGCCACAUUAUGCCCAGGAACAUUCUAGGAAAAUACGAGACAGUGAGUCACGCCAUCAUUCAAACUCAUCGUCCCAAAGUGAGGCUGCGUCUGCUCAAGAAAUGGUCACCAGAAUUUACAGGCAGGAGCUGGAGAAAUUGAAGAAAGCUGCAGAUGCAGCCGGAAACAUUGCAGCUAGUUCCAUGUAUGCACAGGAACUUGAUCGCCUUAACCUAGCACAAAAUUCCACCUUGCCUCUCAGUUCCUCUUCUUCCAGAACUCAUCACUCAUUUCUGUCACCAUUGCCUGAAGUAGACUGCCCCCAGCCAUCACCUCUAGCGCUGGUCUGUCGAUCAACACGACCAAAUGGCCUUAAACUGAAAACAGAACCCCCGGAUAGUACGUCAGAUGAGACUGCCUCCCAUAUGAACGACUGUGGAGCUAUUGACCUCAGCAAGCCUUCGCCUCAGACAAGUACCACCCCAAGCUCAUCUCCCACCAGUGAAUCAACUCCUCAUACUGGAAGUGCCUUUUUCUCAGUGCAUCCACGACACAAUGGCCAAGACUCUCGGACUUCAGAAAGUCCCCAAGCUGCCACUCAAAAACAGCAUCAGGGGUCUACAGGAGGCUCCACUUUUGGCUCGACACCCCCAACAGAAUGUUUGUCUCCCUUGCAACGAAUGCAAAACAUCGCCAAUUCAUUUGCCUCUCGCCCCCAUAUGGGCUUGCCCAAUGCUAAGCCUCUACGUGCCGUACUUCCCCCGAUCACCCAGGAAGAGUUUGACCGCUAUGCAAACAUGAACACUGAUGACUUAGUCAAAAAAGUCAAAGAGACCCUGUCCCAGUACUCGAUCAGCCAAAGACUGUUUGGUGAAAGUGUCCUAGGACUCUCACAAGGGUCAGUGUCAGACCUCCUGGCUAGACCAAAACCUUGGCAUAUGCUCACACAGAAAGGAAGGGAGCCCUUUAUCCGUAUGCAGAUAUUUCUAGAAGAUGCAGAUUCUAUCCCGAAGCUGGUGGCCUCGCAGUAUCGUGUACCGCCGGAUAAGCUGAUAAGAUCGAACUCCAGGGGAUCAAAUGAACCAGGUAGGCACACACUUUG